GAGAACAGAGGCACUUCAGCUCCUAUUAGAAAGGGCAGAUGUUGAUCCCAAUUUGGCCGACAGUGAUGGGCAAAGACCGCUCGUGUGGGCCGCGGAAAAGGGGAGAACAGAAGUACUUCAGCUGCUCCUGGAAAGAGCCGAUCUUGAUCCCAAUUUGGCCGACAAUUAUGGGCGAACGCCGCUCCGGUGGGCUAUCAGUAGAGGGAACACCAAAGCAAUUCAGCUCCUCCUGGAAAGA